AUGGGCAAAGCUUCCAGAUGGUUCAGAGGCCUCCUCGGCCUCAGAACCUCCGAUCCCGGCCGCGACCACCCUCACAGGCCGCCGCCGGCGUCCAGGAAGAGGUGGAGCUUCACCUGGCCCGACGGAGAUAAGGACCGACAAAGGUCCCGGCCGGCCGUCGCCCCGGGCGGUGGAGACUCCGGCGACGACUCCACCAAGCACGCCAUCGCGGUGGCCGCUGGCACUGCGGCCGUCGCCGAGGCCGCCGUAGCUGCCGCUCAGGCCGCAGCCGCCGUGGUCCACCUCACGAGCAGCGGCCGGAGCAUCCCGACGACUAGGGCCGCCCGGGCUCAAGUUAGCGGGCGCGGCGCACACUACGGGGACCGUUGGGAGUGGGCGGCCGUUAUCGUCCAGUCACAUUUUCGUGCCUAUUUGGUUAGUUUCCUUUUACUGUACACAAAAUAA